AUGUCUAACAAUGCCGCGACACCCACGCGGGGAGGCCUGUCGCUCUAUGCGAAUCUCCUCGACCCGAAAAAUGCUGGGCCUGGCACCAUCUCCAGUGCGCCGGUUUCGUACAAGCCGGCCUCAAGCUCUCCCGAACAGGAUGAGGCUGUCAAGAGACAGCAAGCACUCGCUGCCUCCCUCAGAUUCCAGCCUACCAAGAGACCCCAGGUCACUGCUCAAAAGGCAAAAGCAAAAGCCAUCGCCAGUAAAUUCAACAUCCCACCCCCCGCCACCACCGAGGGCGCCGGUGCUGCUGCCACAGAAACACCAGUGCCGCAACCCCCUGCGCCCAAGACCACCAUUGCAGACUGGACUGCUACCGCAUCGGAUGACGAUGACGUGAACAACUUCUACACCGGAAAGCGCCAACGCGGGGGGCGGAAGAAGCGCAAAAAGAACAAGGCGGCGGCGGAGGUGACGCAGAACUGGGAUGAUAUCUACGAUCCGAGCAGACCAAACAACUAUGAAGAAUACAAGCAUAGCGAGGAAAAGAUCCGCGAAGUCAGAGAGUGGAAGGACCUCCUUUACAGACAUCGUAUGAGGCAGAGGAGUUACAGCGAAUCUGAAGACGAUGACUACCGCCGUCCCAUGAACAAACAUUUUGCACCACCUCCCAUGUCCUUUGCCCCUCCGCCCAAUCUCAAUGACGAAAGCCCUCCACCGCCGCCACCACCGGUCGACAUUCCGGACGAUGCUACUGGUGAGGACGCGUACCUGAGACGAUUGCGCAUGAGCCAGGGCCAACAAAGUCAGCCCGUUGUUCCGUCGCCCCCAGCAGAAACCCCACUACCGGGUCAGAUCUCCAGGGCACCCGUGCGGUACAACCUACCCGCUGCACCAGAAAAUGUCCCAGGAUCCGAACCAGAUCUGGAAGAUGGUCGUGCAGAACCCGAGCCCGGUGCCAAUGAAGAUGGCGAUGCCGACGAGCCACGAUCCAAACGCCCUGGUCAAGUGGGAUUUGCCGAACGGCUCAUGGCGAAAUAUGGCUGGAGCAAGGGUCAAGGCCUCGGAGCCCAUGGCACCGGGAUCAUCAACCCCUUGUACGCUAAGGCUGACAAACGAAAGAAGAAGUCCGAUGCAGAAGGUGGUGGCUUCGCUGCACCGGUUGCGACUGGUAAGAUUCUUGGUGGUAACAAGUCCAAGACUGCUCAGGCGGAGGAAGAGGGCAAGUUCGGAGCGAUGUCUGAGGUGAUCCGAUUGGAGGGCAUGUUGAACGGCCUGGAUCUUGACGACGAGCUCACGCGCGGAGAGGGCGGGCUGAUGCAAGAAAUUGGCGAGGAGUGUGGAGACAAGUACGGCAGUGUCGAGAGAGUCUACAUCCACCGGCUGGAGAGUGAAGAGGGCGAAGCAUUGGUGUUUGUGCAAUUUGUGAGCCAGCUCAGUGCUUUGCGGGCAGUCAACGCGUUGGAAGGGAGAAUCUUCAACGGGAAUCCCAUCACGGCGAAAUUCUGGCCCAAGGAGAAAUUCGACAGAGGUGAAUAUGUCUGA